AUGGUGUUGUGUCCAAGCGUCUACCUGAUCUGCUUCAAAAAAGCCAGUGAUCAGCAGCUUGAGGUGACAGAUGUACAGUUGAUCGCUAAACAGGGCCAUAAGGUCCCCAGCGGCCUGUACGCUGGAUCAAGUGUCAAGAGUGUUUCAGGGCGCUGCGUGGACCACAGUGCCCUCUUGAAGGAGAUCAGCUCCAAAAAACUCAUUAAACGUCGAUAUCUCGAAAGCGGUACGAAGGUGGUGUACCUCUACUGCUACGCCAACGUGCAUGAGCUUGUACCGGUGUACCGGCAGGUUGGGGUCUUCCUACAGCAGUUAGAGACAGAUCUUCUACCCCGCGGGCGUGAAGUGGCCCCAUCUCUCAAUACCGUCCAAGUCUCAUUUCCAUCAGGUACACAGCACAAUCCAUAUCAAUAUCGCCGAUACUAA